AUGUCAAUUGUAAAGAACAACAAGGAUAUAUUCACGUUAUUUGACAAGAAAGGUCAAGGUUCUAUCUCCAAAGAACAAUUCGGAGAUUAUCUCAGAGCCAUAGGUUACAAUCCAACAAACGAACAGGUAAAGAACAUAUUGGCCAGUCACUCCAGUGAUCAAUUAUCAUUAGAUGAGAUCAAUGAGAUUGUUUCUUUGAACAUCAACGAGUUAGAAGCCACGACACAAUACAAAUCUGAUGAUUUCAUAAAAGCCUUCCAAAUUUUCGAUAAAGAGAAUACUGGUAAAGUCACCGUUGGGGAUUUAAGGUAUAUGCUUACUGGUUUAGGUGAAAAGUUGAGCGAUGAAGAAGUCGACGAACUCUUGAAAGGUGUCGAAGUGGACAGUGACGGUGGCAUAGAUUACAAAAAAUUCAUUGAUGAUAUCCUAAGACAAUAA